AUGGUGACGGCGCUGAGCCGGUCCCCUCCCUCGCUUCCUCUGCACCCCUACCCCACCCUGGAGGAGGUGCCGGACGCUCCCCAUCAAGAGACUGUCCCCGAGGUGACCAGCAGCAUGGAUGGGAAGCUCUCUCAACCUCCCAACAGCAGCUGGCCUGGAAGUCAAAAUGGAAGCAGCGGCGAGGCCACCCCAGCCACAAACCUCACUUUCUCCCCCUUCUACCAGCACUCCUUGCCAGUGGCGGCCAUGUUCAUUGUGGCCUAUGUGCUCAUCUUCCUCCUCUGCCUCGGGGGCAAUGCCCUGGUCUGCUUCAUUGUGCUCAAGAACCGGCACAUGCGCACCGUCACCAACAUGUUCAUCCUCAACCUGGCUGUCAGCGACCUGCUGGUGGGCAUCUUCUGCAUGCCUACUACCCUCGUGGACAACCUCAUCACUGGAUGGCCCUUUGACAACGCCACGUGCAAGAUGAGCGGCUUGGUGCAGGGCAUGUCCGUGUCUGCCUCUGUUUUCACCCUGGUGGCCAUUGCUGUGGAAAGGUUUCGCUGCAUCGUGCACCCUUUCCGCGAGAAGUUGACUCUGCGGAAGGCGCUGGUCACCAUCGUGGUCAUCUGGGCCCUGGCCCUGCUCAUCAUGUGCCCCUCGGCCGUCACGCUGACGGUCACGCGCGAGGAGCGCCACUUUAUGGUGGACACCCACCACCGCUCUUACCCUCUGUACUCUUGCUGGGAGGCGUGGCCCGACAAGGGCAUGCGCAGGCUCUACACCACUGUGCUCUUCUCGCACAUCUACCUGGCACCCCUCGCCCUCAUCGUGGUCAUGUAUGCCCGUAUUGCCCGCAAGCUCUUCAAGGCCGCGGGCCCCGCGCGGGGCGGCGAGGAGGCAGCCGCGGAGGGCGGGCGGGCGUCCAGGCGCAAGGCCCGGGUGGUGCCCAUGCUGGUCAUGGUGGCGCUGUUCUUCACGCUCUCCUGGCUGCCGCUGUGGGCCCUGCUGCUCCUCAUCGACUACGGGCAGCUCAGCGAAACACAGCUGCACCUGGUCACCGUCUAUGCCUUCCCCUUUGCGCACUGGCUGGCCUUCUUCAACAGCAGCGCCAACCCCAUCAUCUACGGCUACUUCAACGAGAACUUCCGCCGCGGCUUCCAGGCCGCCUUCCGCAGCCAGCUCUGCGCUCUGCAGUCGGGGAACCACGAGGAGGCUUACUCGGAGCGGCCCAGCGGGCUCCUGUGCAGGCGCGUCCUGGUGGAGGUGCAGGCCAGCCACUCGGGCCUGCCCUCUGAGUCAGGGCCGGGGGCUGGAGCCUCCAGGCCUGGCCGCCUUCAGCUGAGGAAUGGGCGGGUGGCCCACCAUGGUUUGUCCCCAGAGGAUCGUGGAUGCCCCCACGUGCCGCUGGCCAUACCAGCCUGGGAUAUUUGA